AGCCUAUGUUAGGAACAUUAAACAUCGUACAUGCAGCGUUCACACUGGGACUGACAGGAGCUUUUCUACGGGAUGUUUACAUCAUGACAAAUGAUUUUUACACGUUCCAGUAAGUUAAACUGAGUUUAAUGUCAUAACGGGGAUGUAUGUUACAGAACUGUGUUGUCCUAUUCUUUAAUCACCAGUCAAACCGGUUGAGCUCUGGGACGCGGAAGCAGUAGAACACGUAUUGUUAGUUUCAAACCGAAAGUAAAACUUUCUGUUUUAGAUAAAUCGUCAUGUCGGGAUUCAGAAACGUUCACAAAUGUCACUUUAAGUUUUACUGUAAAGCUGUAGGACCCAAGUUUGCAUAAAUAAGGCAAACUUUUCAUGGUGGUUGAAGUGAAAGGAGGCCUCAUGUCCAUUCCUCACUAUGGAGAAUAAAGAGAAAAUUACAUCUGAAAUGAUGCAGGAGACUCAUAGACCAUCAUCUCCACAACCCAGCUGUGUGUCUCUGAGGAGUGAUCGCUCAAUGCCUAGUCAUCCUGAAUUUCGUGAGAAAGCAGUGACCUCUGACCCAGUAGAUGAUCUGAUUGGAGACCAGGACUCCUCUCAAGCAGCGAAUGAUGAACUACAGAGAGUCAAAGAGCAGCACAAAACCAGCAUGAAGAUCAAGUAUGAGAGAUUAUUUGAGGGAAUGAAACUUCAGCUAAAUCAAACCCUCCUGAACAGGAUCUACACACAGCUCUACAUCAUAGAGGGAGAGAGUGAAGGAGUGAAUGAAGAACAUGAGGUUUUACAGAUGGAGAAAACGGAUAGAACAAAACACUCACAAGACACUCCAAUCUACUGCAAUGACAUCUUUAAAGCCUCACCUGAACCAGGAUGUGAGGAGAAAGACCAAAUCAAGACUGUUCUUACUAAAGGCAUCGCUGGAAUCGGAAAAACCAUCUCUGUACAGAAGUUCAUUCUGGACUGGGCAGAAGGAAAAGCCAAUCAGGAUGUAGAUUUCAUGUUUGUGCUUCCUUUUCGAGAGCUGAACUUGAUCCGAGAUCAUCGGUACAGUCUUCACAGACUUCUGCUGGACUUUCAUCCUGAACUUCAAGAUCUGGACUCAAAGAUUUAUGAGGAGUGUAAAGUUGUGUUCAUCUUUGAUGGUCUGGAUGAAAGCAGAAUAACACUGAUGUUUUCAGAUGAUCAGAACAUUUGUGAUGUGACUGAGACUUCAUCAGUGGGUGUGUUGAUGUCAAACCUCAUGAAAGAAGAGCUGCUUCCCUCUGCUCUCAUCUGGAUCACCUCCAGACCAGCAGCAGCCAAUCAGAUCCCCUCCAAAUACAUCAACCGUCUGACAGAAAUUCAGGGAUUCAAUGAGUCUCAGAAGGAGGAAUAUUUCAGGAAGAGAAUCAGUGACCAGCAUCAAGCCAGCAGAAUCAUCUCACACAUCAGAAGAGCAAGAAGCCUCCACAUCAUGUGCCGCAUCCCCGUCUUCUGCUGGAUCUCAUCCACUGUGCUUCAAAAGCUCUUGAAAGAAGAUGUGAGUGCAGAAAUCCCUCAAACUCUGACUGAAAUGUACAUCCACUUCCUGCUGAUUCAGAUCAACAUGAGGAAUCAGAAGUAUGAAGAGAGAGAUCCAGAGAAACUCCUGCAGUCCAACAGAGAAGUGAUUGUGAAACUUGCUGAAGUGGCUUUCAAACAGCUGAUGAAGGGCAAUGUGAUGUUCUAUGAGGAGGACCUGAUUGAGAGCGGCAUAGACGUCACUGACGCCUCAGUGUAUUCUGGGAUUUGCACUGAGAUCUUUAAGGAGGAAUCUGUGAUUCAUCAGAGGAAAGUCUACAGCUUCAUCCAUCUGAGUGUUCAGGAGUUUCUUGCUGCUUUCUAUGUGUUCUACUGCUAUUUAAUAAAGGACAGUAAGUCACUGCAUGAAUUCAGACUUUAUAGAUUUAAGCCAUUUGCUCUGUAUGAUCUACUAACAUCAGCAGUAGAUAAAACUCUUAAGAGUAAGAAUGGUCAUCUGGAUCUGUUCCUGCGGUUCCUACUGGGCAUCUCACUGGAGUCCAAUCAGAGACUGUUACAGGAUCUACUGGCACACACAGAGAACAGCUCAGAGACCAUCAGGAGAACCACAGAGGACAUUAAAGAGAAGAUCAAAGAUCCAGCUCAUAUUUAUUAUCUCUCAGCUGGUCAAUCCAUCAAUCUGUUUCUCUGUCUGCUGGAAGUGAAAGAUCAGACUCUGUCCAGAGAGAUUCAGGAGUUUAUGAAAUCAGACAAACAGUCAGAGAAGAAACUCUCUCCUGCUCACUGCUCAACAAUCACCUACAUGCUUCAGAUGUCAGAGGAGCCGCUGGAUGAGCUGAACCUCAAUAAAUACAACACAUUGGAUGAGUGGAGAAGAAGACUGAUACCAGCUGUGGUCAACUGCAGAAAAGCUCUUCUUUCUGGCUGUAAUCUCACAACUCAGUGUUAUGAGAAUUUGUCAUCAGUCCUUCAGUCCUCGAACUGUGUCCUGAGAGAGCUGGAUCUGAGUAACAGUAACAUGUGGGAUUCUGGAGUGAAUCUGCUCUCUGAUGGACUGAAGAGUCCAAACUGUCAGUUACAGAUACUAAGUCUCUCUGGCUGUAAUCUUAUUGGUCAGUGUUGUGAGAGUUUUUCGUCAGCUCUACAAUCCUCAAACUGUGUCCUGAGAGAGCUGGAUCUGAGUAACAAUGACCUGCAGGAUUCAGGAAUGAAGCUGCUCUCUGAAGGCCUGAAAAGUCAAAACUGUCAACUGCAGAUAUUGAGUCUUUCUGGCUGUAAUCUCACUGCUCAGCAUUGUGAAAUUGUGGCAUCAGUUUUACGGUCCUCAAACUGUGUCCUGAGAGAACUGGAUCUAAGUAACAAUGGCCUGCGGGAUUCAGGUGUGAAGCUGCUCUCUGAAGGCCUGAAGAGUCAAAACUGUCAACUGCAGAUAUUGAGGUUGUCUGGCUGUAUGGUGACAGAGGAAGGCUGUGGUUAUUUGUCUUCAGCUCUGAGUUCAAACCCCUCACACCUGAGAGAGCUGGAUCUGAGCUACAAUCACCCAGGACAAUCAGGAGUCCAGCUGCUCAAACACAAACUGGAGGAUCCAAACUAUAAACUGCAGAUACUCAAUGUGGAUCAUGGAGGAGAGAACAUGAUGACAGCAGGACUACGAAAGUAUGCCUGUGAUCUCACACUGGAUCCAAACACAGCAAACACUCGACUCAUUCUGUCUGAUGACAACAGGAAGAUCACAGGUGUGGAAGAUCAUCAGCCGUAUCCUGAUCAUCCAGAGAGAUUUGAUGUCCUUCUUCAGGUUCUGAGUGUUAAGAGUCUGACUGAACGCUGUUACUGGGAGGUUAAAUGGAGCGGAUAUAAGGCUGAUAUAUCAGUGUCAUAUAAAGGAAUCAACAGGAAAGGAGGUUGGAUUGACUGUUGGUUUGGAUUAAAUGGCAAAUCCUGGAGUCUGAACUGCGUUGGUAACAGAUUUGCUGUUUGUCACAGUAAUAACAGAACUGAAAUACCUGUUGUCCGUUCAUCCUCUGAUAGAGUAGGAGUGUAUGUGGACGUGUCGUCCGGCUCUCUGUCCUUCUACAGCGUCUCUGACACACACACACUCACACACUUACACACAUUCAACACCACAUUCACUGAACCCCUCUAUGCUGGAUUCAGGCUUGAUUAUUCCUCAGUGUCUCUGUGUGAUAUUAAACGAUAGAGAGACUCUCUGUAAAUCCUCUUUCUGAUGUUCACAUGCACACAAACUCAUCAAAUCUCACAUCAUUACAUUUGUAUUCAUUCAUUUUUAAUUAUUAUUUCAUUGUCAUCUAUAAAUUAUUAAUCCAGAUCAGAAACGCAUACUGUUCUGAAUCUUUAAUAAACAGAGUAAUAAUGUUUUUUUUUUUGUAUUUAAAUUUUGUAAAUUGAUCAUCAAAUUGAGUAAAAACACAUUUGUUACUCAUUUAAUCAUGAACUUGUUUAUUAAUCACUGAUGUGCUUCACUACUGUUCAGAUGCUCUUGUUUACUGCUCUGCCCUUUGCUCCCUGUUUUCUGUACAUUUCUAAAGUUUGAGCUUCAGUAGAUCAGCACAGUGCUCAAACAACACAUUUUUGGCACAAACACUAAAACUAAAAACUGGAAUAAUGCUGCAAAAAAAGAUGUUUUUUUGCCUGCCACCCACUGCCAGCAGCUUACAUUCUGGAGACUGGAAAAUACAGCUGCCACCAUUCAAACAGAUGAGAAAGAAAAUACCUCUUGUGGAAUCUACUCGCUGCAUGAACUGCCACAGACUUCUACAAAACUUCUUCCAAAACAGGCAGAACACACAGCAGACCAUCAUCACAGACCCCCUCAGUGUACAGCCAAUGAGUCCCGUGAAUCUAGUGAAUCUCAACAGUUUAUACCAAUUGUAGAGGAACAAGCUGAAACUGAUCAACACACUGAUCGAUGGCACAAACAGGGAGCGAGACCCAAAGGCACUCGAGACAUCAGAUUGUCACAAGUGUCUCUUAUUGCUGCAGUAGCAUCCUCUACCCCAGAUACGGCUAUGACAAGGCUUGCAAACACUGGUAUUUUACCAUCCCCUAUACAGCUUGAGAACAGAUUUGAAUCAUUAAUGAUGUGAAGAAAACCCAAAUGUGACUGAACAUGGAUCGUAUGAGCCAGCAGAACAUCACUACAAACAGGUGCUCAAGGUCGAGCAGACGGCAGCAUUCAGCUCAGAGUGUAACAGGGUAAAAAAGGAAUUUAUUAUGAAUUGUGCAAAAAAUGCCUGUUGUAAUUGUAAAAAUUAUUCAUUGUUCAUUGUUAAUGCACCUAAAAAAAAAAAGUUUUGGAGACACCGACAGGCAACAAGAAUUAAUAAGUAGCUACAUCAGCCAUUUUCUCUUCAGUUCAACAUGAGCUGUUGAGAUGAAUGGCAGGUAAAAUGUCUCAAAGUGCUGAAUUAUUUACUUUAUUUUCUUUUAAAAUCAAAUAUAUUAAUCUAGAAAUGUAUCUAAAACUCUUUUACUUGAUAUUGGGGCGAUAUGAAGAUCGCAACUGACGAGUAAUUGCUUCAUGUAUUUCACAUGUGACCAAGCACACUACAUAUAUAUGGAAUCUUUUGUAUUUCUUUUAUUUCUGUGUGUUUACUUUGAUUAUUCUUAUUUGUAUGAUUUUUUGGCAGUUUUGUUACCGGAUGAGCAACGAUUCAUGUCUGUCUGUUGUUUUCUCAUUUGUCUUCAGGUAUGGUGUAUUAUCGUUUGUGUCAUUUUAAGCUCUUCAUGUUCAUAAAAGCAUAAAAAAAAAAAGAGACCGAGUUCAUAAUCACAUCAAAGUCAUUUAUUGAUUGUAAAGUCUUCAGUUUAAGAUGAGCUGUUGAGAUGAAUGGCAGUUUUGUUACUGGAUGAGCAACGAUUUAUGUCUGUCUGGUGUUUUCUCAUUUGUCUUCAGUAAAUACAGUACAUGGAUGAACUCAGAAAACUGUC